AUGAAAUUUACAUGUACGGCGUUGCUUACCUUUGCCGGGCUGGCAUCAGCAGUGUCCAAGUACGACGAGUAUAUCCUGGCUCCUAAAUCUCGAACCCUUCACCCCGUUGCAGUCUACCAGGACAAGGUCAAUGGAACAGUCAUUGGAGCUUCUAGUCUUGCAAGCGACUCAACAGGCUCAGCCAUUUUCAAAGGCAUCUCAGCUGUCACAUACGAUUUUGGCGUCAAUAUUGGUGGUCUUGUCAGCUUGACCAUCGGUAACAAGACAGACACGAACCAGUCUAUCGCCAUUACCUACUCCGAAAGCUCCCAAUGGAUCUCUGGCAUUGCUUGUGAUGCUACUCAAGACUCGGGCAUGGAUGAAGCAUUGUGGUUCUAUCCUUCGGGUCCUGGUGUCGUGUCCGUGGAUCGACAGCAUGAAAGAGGUGGCUUCAGAUAUCUGAGUCUGAUCCAUAACACUACAGGUGACAUAGAGAUCACGCAGGUGACGGUCGAAUUUACGCCUUCACCGACUACCGAAGACUUGAGGAAUUACACUGGUUUCUUCCACUCUGAUGAUGAGUUAUUGAACCGCAUUUGGUAUGCAGGGGCGUAUACCAUUCAGAUGGUCGCGAUCGAUCCAGCAUACGGGGACGCGCUUAUCCACUCGGAUCAGAUCAACUCUAGUGUGCCUGGUGAUACAGUGGCGCCCUGGUCAUGGUAUGCCAAUACCACUAUAGCCAACUCGAGUGUUGUUCUUGUUGAUGGCGCAAAACGUGAUCGUCUGAUUUGGCCUGGAGAUAUGCAUGUUAUCACCCCAUCUCUCUUCGUCUCGACCAGCGAGGAUGCAGCCAUCACGAACUCCAUCGACAACUUGUUCUCUCUACAGAAUGCGUCUGGCAAACUUCCUUAUGCUGGAUACCCAUUCAAGCAAGACACAUAUUCCGCAACCUAUCACCUGUACAACCUCAUUGGCGUUUCUGACUACUACAAGUUCACAGACGACCUCGAGUACGUCCAAAACAAGUGGAAUGCCUGGAAACUUGGGCUCAACUUCUCGCUCGGCUUUAUCGACGAAACUGGUCUGAUGAAUGUCACAAGUCCUGAUGACUGGCUUCGCUUCGGACAGGGAGGUCACAAUAUUGAGGCAAACGCAAUUCUAUACUUCACCAUCAAUGAGGGUCUAACCUUGGCUGCCGCCCUCAACGACAGCAGCGUGAAGUCGUCCUGGGAAGCUUAUGCAUCCGGUAUCAAAGAAGCAGCAAACAAUCUGCUCUGGAACGCAACAGCAGGCCUCUACCACGACAACGAAACAACCACACUUAUGCCACAGGAUGGAAACAGCUUUGCAGUGCUUGCCAACCUCACCAACAAUGCCACCCAAGCCUCCGCCAUCAGCAAUGCUCUGCGCGCACGCUGGGGCCCUUAUGGUGCACCUGCUGUGGAGGCAGACUUUGCAGUAUCUCCUUUCAUAGGGGCAUUCGAGCUCGAGGCCCAUUUUCGCGCCAACAAUGUCACUGCUGCUCUUGAACUCAUGCGUUUGAGGUGGGGUUUCAUGCUCGACGACCCGCGCAUGACCAACAGCACAUUCAUUGAGGGUUAUGCCUUUGAUGGAGCGACUAAAUACGCGCCAUACACCAACGAUCCUCGUAUCUCACAUGCACACGGCUGGUCCACAGGCCCCACAGCGUUCCUGUCCCAAUACAUCGCUGGCAUCCAACUUGUCACCGCCGGCGGAAGAACCUGGAAGAUGACACCCAGACUGGGCGAUCUGAGUACUGCUCACGCAGGCUUCUCAACUUCAGUAGGCACAUUUGAGGUGUACACCAACGUCACUUCCAGCGGCAGCAUAUCUAUGGACUUUUCAGCUCCAGUGGGCACUAGAGGUGGUGUGGCCGUGCCUUAUCCCUCGUGCGCUGGAAUCAUGAGAUUGCACGAGGUGCAAGGCAGAUGCAANGAUGUGGUUUUCGACAUCCAAGCUGCGGCGAACCAGACUGGAGAUAUCGAGGUCGAAGGAUUGGUGGGAGGUGAUUGGCAACUUAGAUUCAACUGCGGUGCCGACUCUUUGAGCCAAGCUUAA